GAGAAAGAGAGAGGCUUGGACAGGAAACAGGAAAAAAAGAAAUUGCUCGUGUGUGCACAACAAAUCAGGGGCCAGUGGAGUUGAAGACAGAGACAAGACUAUGAAAGCCAAGAAAUGCAAAGAGAGCCAGAGGGAAGAAAAUGUCAAGAGGAACGUCCACCCGGAGAAAUGAAGAGAAUGAAAGUUUUAUGCUGCAGAAAAGGCUCCGUGUUUUUCCGGCACAGAAUUCUCUCGCUGUCUUUAAGCCCGCUCGCCUUUGCCAGCCGUUGACAUCAAGAGGCAUGUACAACGGUGCCGGCAGCAUCUCCUUUUCCUUCUCUUCCUCUUCAUCUUCCUCCUCCUCUUCUUCCUCCUCCACAGUCUCCUCCCAUCAGCAAGAAGACAAACCUAGGACAGUCUUGAAAUAUCGAAAUUUCCUCCUUGGGAUUUGCCAGCGCCGCGUUGCGCCAACACUGUCGGAAUAAAGGAGGCUGACUAUUGUAUUAUCGUUAUUUUAUUAAUUGGUCAGUGGGAAGAGUACAGCUGAGCAUAGGGGACAACUGUCACCCUUUCUGCGCUAAGAUUGAAAAAUGAGGCUGGUUUUGAGGAAGCUUUAAGAUGAAGCGAAAGGAAUAAAAAAUUUAAACAGCCACUGAAGGCCCCCACAUAUAGUACACUUUUAUUUAUAUUUUUGAGAUUAUUGUUUUGGGGGGUGGGGGUGGUGAUCGGGUGGCUGCCUGGCUAAGGGGGAGCGGCUUCCUUUCCUUUUGGAGAUGAUUGUGCUGUUAUUCUUUGCUUUGCUCUGGAUGGUGGACGGAGUCUUUUCACAGCUUCAUUAUACGGUGCAGGAAGAGCAGGAACAUGGCACUUUCGUGGGGAAUAUCGCCGAAGACCUGGGCUUGGACAUUACAAAACUUUCAGCUCGCAGGUUUCAGACCGUGGCCAACUCACGGACCCCGUACUUGGACCUCAAUCUGGAGACCGGGGUCCUGUACGUUAACGAAAAGAUCGACCGUGAGCAGAUCUGCAAGCAGAGCCCCUCUUGUGUCCUGCAUCUAGAGGUCUUCCUGGAGAACCCUCUGGAGCUGUUCCGAGUGGAGAUCGAAGUGCUGGACAUCAAUGACAACCCUCCCUCCUUCCCGGAGCCGGACCUGACAGUGGAGAUCUCAGAAAGCGCUACACCAGGCACCCGGUUUCCCUUGGAGAGCGCCUUUGAUCCAGACGUUGGGACUAACUCAUUGAGAGACUACGAGAUAACUCCGAAUAGCUACUUCUCACUAGACGUGCAGACACAGGGAGAUGGCAACCGAUUCGCUGAGCUGGUGCUGGAGAAGCCACUGGACCGAGAACAGCAAGCGGUGCACCGCUACGUGCUGACCGCGGUGGACGGGGGAGGAGGGGGAGGAGGAGGGGAAGGAGGGGGAGGCGGUGGUGGAGCUGGCCUGCCCCCCCAGCAGCAGCGCACUGGCACAGCCUUGCUCACCAUCCGAGUGCUGGACUCCAACGACAAUGUACCCGCCUUUGACCAACCUGUCUACACUGUUUCCCUACCAGAGAAUUCGCCCCCUGGCACGUUAGUGAUCCAGCUUAAUGCCACCGACCCCGAUGAAGGCCAGAAUGGCGAAGUGGUGUAUUCAUUUAGCAGUCACAUUUCUCCCAGAGCUCGGGAGCUCUUUGGACUGUCGCCGCGCACCGGCCGACUGGAGGUGAGCGGUGAGCUGGACUAUGAAGAGAGCCCAGUGUACCAGGUGUAUGUCCAAGCUAAAGACUUGGGUCCCAAUGCUGUGCCUGCGCACUGCAAGGUGUUGGUGAAAGUGCUGGAUGCCAACGACAACGCACCGGAGAUCAGCUUCAGCACCGUGAAGGAGGCGGUGAGCGAGGGUGCGGCCCCUGGCACGGUGGUGGCUCUGUUCAGCGUGACGGAUCGGGACUCAGAGGAAAAUGGGCAGGUGCAAUGCGAGCUACUGGGAGACGUGCCCUUCCGCCUCAAGUCUUCCUUCAAGAAUUACUACACCAUCGUGACCGAAGCCCCCUUGGACCGAGAGGCUGGAGACUCCUACACCCUGACUGUGGUGGCCCGCGACCGGGGCGAGCCUGCACUGUCCACCAGUAAGUCGAUUCAGGUUCAAGUGUCUGAUGUGAACGACAAUGCUCCGCGCUUCAGCCAGCCAGUCUAUGAUGUGUAUGUGACCGAAAACAACGUCCCCGGUGCCUACAUUUACGCGGUGAGCGCCACGGACCGCGACGAAGGGGCCAAUGCAAAAUUAACCUACUCUAUCCUAGAGUGCCAGAUCCAGGGCAUGAGCGUCUUCACCUACGUGUCCAUCAACUCAGACAACGGCUACUUGUAUGCCUUGAGAUCCUUCGACUAUGAGCAGAUCAAGGACUUCAGCUUUCAAGUGGAAGCCAGGGAUGCCGGCAGCCCCCAGGCACUGGCCGGCAACGCUACGGUCAACAUCCUGAUAGUGGAUCAGAACGACAACGCCCCCGCCAUCGUAGCACCCCUGCCGGGGCGCAACGGGACUCCAGCCCGCGAGGUGCUGCCGCGCUCUGCCGAGCCGGGCUACCUGCUCACUCGCGUGGCUGCAGUGGACGCGGACGACGGCGAGAACGCCAGGCUCACCUACAGCAUAGUGCGGGGCAAUGAAAUGAACCUAUUCCGGCUGGACUGGCGUACAGGAGAGCUUCGCACCGCUCGGCGGGUCCCAGCCAAGCGCGACCCCCAGCGGCCUUAUGAGCUGGUGAUAGAGGUGCGCGACCAUGGGCAGCCGCCCCUGUCCUCCACAGCCACCCUAGUGGUUCAGUUGGUGGAUGGAGCCGUAGAGACCCAGGGUGGGGGCGGGGGCGGAGGGUCAGGGGAACACCUGCGCCCUAGCCGCUCUGGUGGCGGGGAAACUUCAUUGGACCUCACACUCAUCCUCAUCAUCGCCCUGGGCUCCGUGUCCUUCAUCUUCCUGCUGGCCAUGAUCGUACUUGCCGUGCGCUGUCAAAAGGAGAAAAAACUCAACAUCUACACGUGUCUAGCGAGUGAUUGCUGCCUCUGCUGUUGCUGCUGCGGCAGCGGGGGCUCGACCUGCUGUGGCCGCCAAGCCCGGGCGCGCAAAAAGAAACUCAGCAAGUCAGACAUCAUGUUGGUGCAGAGCGCCAAUGUCCCUAGCAACCCGGCCCAGGUGCCAGUGGAGGAGUCCGGGGGCUUUGGUUCCCAUCACCACAAUCAGAACUACUGCUAUCAGGUCUGCCUCACCCCGGAGUCUGCCAAGACCGACCUGAUGUUUCUGAAGCCCUGCAGUCCUUCCCGGAGUACAGACGCUGAGCACAAUCCCUGCGGAGCCAUCGUCACCGGGUACAGCGACCAGCAACCAGACAUCAUUUCCAACGGAAGCAUUUUGUCCAACGAGAAUAAACACCAGAGAGCAGAACUCAGCUAUCUAGUUGACAGACCUCGCCGAGUUAACAGUUCUGCAUUCCAGGAAGCUGACAUAGUAAGCUCUAAGGACAGUGGUCAUGGAGACAGUGAACAGGGAGACAGUGAUCAUGACGUCACCAACCGUGGCCAGUCAGCUGGUAUGGAUCUGUUCUCCAACUGUACCGAGGAAUGUAAAGCGCUGGGCCACUCUGACAGAUGCUGGAUGCCUUCUUUUGUCCCUUCGGAUGGACGCCAGGCUGCAGAUUACCGCAGCAACCUUCAUGUCCCUGGCAUGGACUCUGUUCCAGAUACCGAAGUCUUUGAACCUCCGGAAGCCCAGCCUGGCGCAGAACGGUCCUUCUCCACUUUCGGCAAAGAGAAGGCCCUGCAUGGCACUCUGGAGAGGAAGGAGCUGGACGGAUUGCUGUCUAAUACACGAGCGCCUUACAAACCACCAUAUUUGACGCGGAAAAGGAUAUGCUAGUCAAUUCUGCAGCUUACCCGAAGCAGUAUGAUUUGCACAGAGUCGACCAACAAAAGCAUCAACUUUUCAACUUCAUUAUCUUGGCCAUCCAGUUAGUUGUGUGUAGCUGAGUGUUAGAUUUCCAGCGGAGUCAUCGUGGCCACGUGUAGGACCUAAUUGCUCUCAGCAGGCCUGAGAAAUGAGUUGAAAUGUGCAGACUGUAGAAACUCCAUAGGCAACCGGCGUUGCCUCUCCGAUCAGUGUGUGCCUGUUUACAGCACUAUCUAUCCUUCUCUCUCCAAAUGUCACUGAGCCCUUCAGAUGUUUAUAUUCACCAUGAGAAGCCAGUCAUCAAGAUAAAAGAAAUUUGCGCAUUAUAAAUGCAAUGUCACUGUUUUAAACUUGACUGUUUUAUAUUAUUUUUGUGUGACCAAGUGUUCCCCAAACUAUCCCAACUUUACAAGAGAGAUGUGACUAUGUUCUUUUCAUUCGUGGGCUAUUAAAAAAAUGUUGUAUUCUAAAGACCCACAAAAUAUCAAAGACAUUCUGUAGUUUAUACACCGUGUUGCAAAGUGUUUACUGUACUAUUUCAAAGCUUCUAAAUAAAUAUAAAAUAUAUAUUAUAUUAUAUAAUUUUCCUAAGAUGUGGUACAAAUUAGUUGGUUUUUAAAUGAAUUCAUACAGCCCUCAUCAUACAAAAACAAAAAACAAAAAAAAAAAAAAAAAACCAGAAGGCAAUUCAGGGUCCCUAAGAUUAACUGAGAAACAUUAUCAAUAGUUUGUCCUAAUUUUCAUAACUUGCUCAACCCUGUAUUUUUUUCUUUAAGAGAAAGUGAAGUUCUAAGCUGCAAAAUUUUGUCAAGAACUCAUUGUGAAUUUUCAAUGCCAAAGAUGUAGCUGUUAAUAUUGUCAGGCGGAGCACAGAAGAUGUAGUUUCAAAACAUCGAGCAGUCUACAUGAUUCCGAUUCUAUUUCCACGGCUUUGAAUUUAGGAUCACUUAAUGCUUUUAUAAAGAACUAUAAAUUCAUCUGUAUUUGUUGUUAGGAAAAAUCUGGGUGUCUGUACAUUUUGUGGUGUAAAAUAUGUAACUGAAGAUUACUAUUUUAAGACGUUCUCAUCAUAUAAUUCAUAGAAUUUUAUUUUACAUAGUUUUACAUAGUUUUGUGACUCUUAAGUAAACAUACAUACAAAUCUAUAACUCUAUAUAUGAAUAUAUAGAGGUAUAUAAAUAUAAUUAUUGGAGCUGGUACAUAUUAACAAUAAAAUAUUUUUAAAAUCUCUAAAUUUAAAAAGUUCAAAUAAAUUUGGAGAUAGAAACAUGUUACAUUACUGUUUCAAUAUUAUAUGUAAACAUUUUAUAGCUUAAACAUAGUCAGUGUUUUAUUAACAGUAAUAUUCUUCAUUGGCUAGUCUUGAAAAAUUAAUUUUGUCUUUUACUUUCAUGUCAACAUGGUUAAUUAUUAAAUUCAGAAAGAUGUAUUUUCCUUUAGUUCACAUAUUUUUUCUGCUGUUGUCUGUUGAUUGUUGAAACAGGGAAGGGAUAAGAAUCAGAGAAUGUGAGAGAUUCAUCCAAGCAAAUCAUGGAAUAAAUUUAACUGCCAUCUAAAAAGAUUCCAAAAUGAUAUCAUGAUAUUUUCCAAGCCCAAAUUAUAGGCUCAUUUUAAAAUGCUAAUCUUUAUUUUCAUAUAUGCUUAUAUGCUCACUGGUAUUUUGAGCUACAUGAUGAUAAAGCAUGGACUGAAAUAUAACACUGAACAAAUGAGAUCCAUCUAAUUUCAUAUGAGUUAAAAUGAACUUAUAAUUAAGAUUUAUCAUUAAAAUUCAUACAUG